AUAUAUUGUUCAUCGAUGAAGUAUUUAUUAUACAUAUAUAUAUAUAUAUAUAUGUGUAUAUAUAUACACACGUGUGUAUAUAUAUAUACACACACGUAUGUGUAUGUACAUAUGACUCCCGUAUGUUGCGACAAAGGUACCUACGUAGAUACACAGAUCGGAGGAGGAGGGUCUUUAUCAGCGUCGCUCGUUCGACGGGCGUCGCCGUUAGCGUACUUUAUUACGUUAUCGUGCGUGCUCCCGCUCAGUUCUCCGCGUUCUUUGAAAUUUGUUCGGUCGAAGACACGGCUUUUUUUCUUUCUCAGACCCGGCUUCACCUGUUCCAAAAUAUCGAUCGAACGAAAACGUAUUCAACGAAUAUAACAAUAGAAGUUUACGUUCUAACGUUGCUCUACGUAGGAAGAUUGAGUUUUCAUUUUGUUCUUUUUUCUUCCCUUUUUUCUUUUUCUUUUUUUUUUUUUUCUUUUCAUUCACUCGGGAACAGAGAAAGAAAGAGCGAAAAGAAUAAGAGAGAAAUUCUUGUCUGUUAUUAAUACAAAAAAAUGUCUUGAGGAUGGUGCUCGAUCAUAGGAGAUGCGACGUCAACGAUGAUAACAGCUUGAUACUGAUAUCUUGAUUACGAUCAUCAAUUUACACGUUAAGGAUACGUCAGCGCAUUAACGCACACUCGUAUUCUUAUCGAUCGGUUCUCAUUUGUAAUGGACACCCUAGAUCUCUAUCUAUACUUUUACAUAGCCUGUGGCGUCGGAUUGGGUCUACAUCUGCUGACGUUCUGCUUACUUUGCAUUUUUUAUUGCAAAAUCAAACGUCUCGCUAAAGCGGAUGGCAUACCCGGAGUUUCAUUUUGGCGGAAUUAUCUACACCUUUACUUGAUCUACGACGCGUCCAUUCAAGAGGACGAGAAAGGUACGAAGAGAAAGAGAAAGAGAAAGAUAGAGAGAGAGUAUGUGUCCAACCAGUUGGGCAGACAGACGAAUAUGAUGGCGGAUUUCUGUUACACGAAUCCGACGAUCGUGCCUGGUGAGGAGUUAUCUCGUCGUGGAUUCUCAAUGUAUUGUGGGAGCGACAGUUUCAACGAGGAUACUAAUUCAAAACACAAAGAUAUCAAUUAUGGAACUUAUCAUGAGGCUUUGUCGAAGUUUUGACAUUAAUCUAGUUUAAAAAUUCUCGAGAAUAGUACUUAACGAGCGAGAAAAUAACUCAUAAUUAAUUUAUAUUCUCUACAUACACGCACGUACGCUUGCACGCGUACACACACACACACACACGAACGCACACACACACAUAUAUAUAUAUAUAUAUAUAUAUAUAUAUAUAUAUAUAUAUACGCCUCAUAGAAUCAUUUAGUAAAAUAUAUUUUAAGACUAAUUUGUAUUUUCUUUUGCAAUAUUUUCGUUUCUUUUUCUAUUUUUUUCUUUUUUUUCCUUCCUGUAAGUUUAUCGACUUUUCAAACAUUUCCCGCCAUGUUAUUUAUUAUCGGCAUUGUUGAGAUUCGCGACAUUGUUCUCAGAUGUCGCUGUAUGUAUCCACCGUUCGACGAUAUUUGAUAAAAAUUAAAUCGACUGUAAAGCCUUGUAACCGACAAGAAAUUAUAAGAAAAACAUUCUUAUAUUCCAAAGAUCGUUUAUAGAAUAAAUUAGAAAUUAAGUAUUGUAAUCUUCUUAAUAACCAUACGAAUUUGCUAGUCUCAUUAUUAGAUAAAUCUACUAUUAAUAAUAAAUUUAAUUAUGUUA